UGCGCAGUGGCAAGCAUGGUUGUGUUUGGAGAGAAAAGAAUUUCAACCACCACGAUAAGAAUUUAAGUAAAUAGUCUGUAUGGAGGUAAAUAACGUUAUAUGAGCUAUAUGUUUUAAGUGACACAGCAGCUACUAACCCACCUGUGAGGCAGUCGACAGUUUCAAUUAAAUGUCAGGACCUUAAAAAGUCACUAAAGAUGCCGCUCUUUGGAAACACAUUUAGUCCGAAGAAGACUCCACCUCGCAAAUCUGCAUCUCUGUCCAGCCUUCACACGUUGGAUCGUUCCACAAGAGAAGUAGAGCUGGGCCUUGAGUAUGGACCUCCUGUGAUGAACAUUGGAGGUCAGAACUGGAAAUUUGAAGAUGGACAGUGGAUAACAGAAUCUGGUGGAAAUGCAUCUGGUAGGGAAUUGCAGCGGCUUAAGAAAAGAAAUACACAGCUAGAGGAAGAGAACAACCUCCUGAAACUAAAGAUUGAAAUUCUCUUGGACAUGUUGACAGAGACUACCGUGGAGUACCACCUGAUGGAGAAAGAAGUGGAGGAUAUAAAGACUCAACAUCGAAGGAAGAAAUGACAAAUCCGAACUGAUGCCUUCAUUCAUGAAAAUAAUGUCUUAUGAAGUUUGUUGAUGAAAAAAUGUGUGUGUUGACAUUUUCAUUAUUUUUCUCAUUAUGAGGAUUCUUGUGUUGUUGGCUUCGGCCCUGCUUAUAUUUAUUGGAAAAGCAGCUACAACUGAAUCAGAUUUAAUGACUAUUAUUUGUUCUGUCCUGCAUUUGUUUAAUGACCAUGAAUCUGAAAAAAACUGUGAACAUAUUUGUUCAAUACACAGCAUAUUUUCUACAUCUUUUACUUCUGUAUGGCAAUUAUAGGCUGACAUUUUCUUUUUAAGAUUUUUUGUAUUUACUGUGUUUUCUAUUCAGAUUAAAAGAAAAAUCA